AUGACGAAAGUGUAUGAUACUAUGAAAUUAAGGAGUUAUUACAGCAAUACAUACAUACCCUACACUCAAAGGGAUAUCGAAAAAGGAAACCGCGGGAAAAAGGGCUCAAGCGUCCCUUGGGGGAAGAUCUUCAUAAUGGUGGUCGCUCUUGCUGUGUUGGUAGCAGCAGUCGCUGUGACAUUUAUCUUCGUGGACUGGCAGACCAGUCUCAUUGUUCUUGCAGUGCUGGUUCCGAUUUAUGUGCUCCUAUACUUCUAUCGGUUCCUGUACAUCGUUGUGAAGACUGCGCCCAGAGAUAUAAAAGCGUUGUAUUGCUAUGUAAAGAUACUGAGGCUGACAAACAAUUUCUCAAAACGGGACAUGACUAUGCCGGACAUAUUCCACGAGAACGUGAAACGACAUCCAAACAAACCGUGCUUUUUAUUCGAAGACGAAACGUGGACAUUCAAACAGGUAGAAGAUUUUAGUCUUCGAGUCUCUGCGGUUCUAAAAGCUCAAGGAGUUAAAAAGGGUGACACAGUUGGUGUCAUGGCCAGCAAUUACCCAGAAAUGCCCUCAAUUUGGCUUGGUAUCGCACGGGUUGGCGGAAUUUCGCCACUCAUCAACACUAAUCAAACUGGCAACACUUUGUUACAUUCCAUCAACGUAGCCAAGUGCGAUGUGCUUAUUUAUGGAAGCGAGUUUGAAACUGCUAUGGACGAAGUCAGAAAAGAUCUAAGUCCAUCGCUGCGGCUCUUCAAAUUUACCCGUCGACCAUUAAAUACAUCUAGUGACAGUGUGAAAGUGGCUGAGUCGCCGACUGAUUUUACCCACUUACUAGAGACAACAGCGCCCGCCCCAUGGGCUAAGGCUGAAAGCGAGGGUUUUAACGGCAGAUUGCUUUACAUUUACACAUCUGGCACAACUGGAUUGCCAAAGGCUGCUGUUAUCUCAUCAUCUAGAAUGUGUUUUAUGGCAUCUGGUGUCCACUUCCUUGGUAGUCUUAACAAGAACGAUGUCAUCUAUUGUCCUAUGCCGUUAUAUCACUCGGCUGGUGGAGUGAUCAGUGUUGGUCAGGCGUUUAUUUUUGGAUGCACUGUCGCUUUAAGGAUUAAGUUCUCAGCAACUGCGUAUUUCCCUGACUGUAUAAAAUUUAAGGCUACUGCUGCCCACUACAUAGGCGAAAUGUGUCGCUAUAUACUGGCAACACCAACGGCAGCUACCGAUAGACAACACAAAGUUCGCACUGUCUAUGGAAAUGGAAUGAGACCAACGGUUUGGAACGAAUUCAUUAAGCGAUUUGGAAUAAAGAAAGUCGUUGAGUUCUACGGUGCAACGGAAGGAAACGCUAAUAUUUUAAAUAUUGACAACAAGCCAGGUGCCAUCGGUUUCGUUUCACGAAUUGUUCCGGCUGUUUAUCCUAUCGCUAUUAUAAAAGUAGACGAAGACACAGGAGAACCUAUCAGAAAUUCAAAGGGACUCUGUCAACUAGCAAAGGCCCACGAACCCGGUGUAUUUAUUGGCAAAAUAAAACCCGAUAACCCAGCAAGGGCCUUCCUGGGUUAUGUCAGUAAAGAAGAUUCAGAGAAGAAGAUAGUCAGGGAUGUAUUUAGCCGUGGUGACUCUGCAUUUAUAUCAGGUGACAUUUUAAUAUCUGACGAGCUCGGUUAUUUAUACUUCCGUGACCGAACGGGCGACACGUUCAGAUGGCGCGGUGAAAAUGUAAGCACGACAGAGGUGGAAGCUGCUAUCUCCAGGGUUGCUGACCAGCGGGACGCUGUUGUAUUUGGAGUAGAGAUCCCGAAUAACGAAGGACGCGCCGGUAUGUGUGGAAUAGUCGAUACCGACAGUAGUUUGGAUUUGGAUAAACUCGCGACAGACAUGGCAAAAGACUUGCCCAAAUAUGCCAGGCCUGUCUUUAUUAGGAUUAUGAAGAGCAUGGACAUGACUGCGACAUUUAAAAUAAGGAAAGUGGACUUACAAAAGGAAGGAUUUAAUCCAUCUACGAUAGCAGACAAAUUGUACUAUUUCGAUCCGAAGCUAAACAAAUAUGUUAGUUUAGGCCCAGAGGAGUAUGAGAAGAUUAAUUCUGGGCAAAUAAGACUGUGA